UAUAUAUGUAACUAUACGGUUGGCUUUAUUUACAGAUAGCUAUGGAGUAAUUGUCGCAUAGCAGCAUUACAGAAAGUUAUAACAAUAAGACAAAUACUACGGUAAAUCUUGAUAAUGCAAUACUCUUGCUGUUAUUAACUCGAGUGGAAAAUAUUUACAAUCUACGUGGGGAAUUAAGAAAAUCAUUCUUUCAAAAUCUGUAACAGCAAAUAAUUGUCCUUGGUUGGAUAAACAAUAAUUUCUAAAUUAUUACAGAUAAUAUUUUGAAUUGUGUGAAGUAGUUUCUAGCAAUAUUUGCUUGAAAUGGAGGAUGCACAGGAAGAGUUGCAAUUUGUGGUGGAUGAUGUGAGUAACAUUAUCAAAGAAGCGAUUGAAGUAUCAAUAGGUGGCAAUGCGUAUCAGCAUAAUAAAGUCAAUCAAUGGACUUCAAAUGUUGUGGAAGCAUGUUUAGGCAAUCUUACCAAAUUACAAAAGGCAUACAAAUAUAUUGUGACUUGUACAAUCAUGCAAAAAAAUGGGGCUGGACUUCAUACAGCCAGUUCAUGUUACUGGGAUAAUGCUACUGAUGGCAGCUGCACAGUACGCUGGGAAAAUAAAACCAUGUAUUGCAUUGUAUCUGUUUUCGGAUUAGCUCUUUAAAUUUAUUUAUUCAUAAAAGUAACAUUUUGUGUUUAAAAAAUUCUAUUAUUUUUGGGAUAUGAAAUGUAGUAAGCACUACUUUCAAAAAUAAAAUGUUUUGUUCUAAAAUCCUUUGACAAAGCUUAAUAUUUUUGCACAAAUUAUAAAAAUUAGAAUUAGAAAAAUUAGAGAUAAAAAUAGCACAAAUAAUUUUAUUAUUACAUGUAGUUAAUGCAAUGAUUAAUAUGUGUUAUAAGUAAAAUAGGGUAUGUACACAAGAAAAUGGGGAUACAGUGAAGCAUAUUUAACUUUCUUAUAUUUAUUUUUAUGAGAAACAAUUUUCUUUUUAUUUAUACAUUGUAACUUUUAAUCUAUGAAAUAAACGCAAGAAAACAUU